AUGGAUUCCGGCCAUUCGCCUCGUAAUGGCCAUGACCGUUCGGCUCUAAACCUUCCUGCUAUAUCGAACAACUUCACGCCUCACUCGGCUGCAACACCAUCUUCUCCAGUAAACCCUAAAAAUAAAGAUAGCCUGGGUAUCAAACCUAAUCAGUCGGAUGCUGCCACCGCCGAAACCACCGGUCCGUCUUCGCCGAAGAACACCCCUACUGCUCUUAACUAUGCGGCUGCUGUGAGACCGCGUCAAAGGAAGCCGGAUCUCCCUGCCCACCGAUUCCAAGCACUUCAUGCUUCCUCCUUGAGUGGAGUCGAUACUCUUUCAAUUCCACUGGAGUUCUACAAAGAACGGAUUGCGGAUUUCAAACAUGCUCUCAUAGGCAGAUUAAUGCUGCGCAAAGGCACCAAACCCAAACUUGUGCAUGAAUUAAAAGGUGAGUUACAAAAUAUUUGGAAGAUCUCGAAUUCAUGGCAAUUAAUUUCUAUGGGAAAAGGUUUUUUCACCCUUAAGUUCAGUUCCUUGGAGGACAAGAAAACUGCCAAGGGGAAACUCAACCUCGAUUUAUCUCAAGGCCAACUGCGACUUCGUGAAUGGGUCCCGAAGUUUGAUCCAUACAAAGAAUUCUCCUCCAUGGCGCAAGUGUGGGUUCGUAUCUACUAUUUGCCAAUUGAACUGUGGCAUCCGGAGGUUAUCUCGGCGAUUGGAAGGUACUUGGGUAAUCCAAUUCACAUUGAUGGAGGAUCGGCGGAUAGAGAUGUGGGUCAUUAUGCACGUGUCCUUAUUGAACUUGAUCUCUACCUACCUCUAAGGGAAUCUUUAAUGAUUGAAGAAGAUAAUAGCUCUAUCUACGUUGAGUUCUCCUAUGAAGCGCUGCCCCCGUUUUGUCAACAUUGCAAACUGACCGGACAUCUCAUUGAUAAGUGUCGGAGAUACAAAUCUAAAGAGACCAAAAAAGUUGAUUCGGAGAAGAAAAUUGAGCCAAGCAAUACCGUACGCCCCAUGCAGACGGAAGAGAACUCGAAAAAACUUUCACCGGAGACUGAGAUUCAGAAGGGGCCGGUUUGGCAGCAGAAACAGCAACUGGAGCCCGUGACUAUUAUGGAGACUAGAUGUCAGGCGAAAGUCCUCUCGCCAAAGAAAUCGGUCAUGCCGAUGUCGACUCCAACCAACAAUACUUUCGAAGUCUUAGAGGAUCUUGAGAUAAAUGAGAAGAUGAAGGGCACAGACAUGCCCGAACUGGUGGAUGAGCCCAGCUCGACUUUAAAUCAUCUCAUUGUCAUUGAUGAGGAGCAGAAUCAUGAUCCGGAAAUUUGGAAAGCUGGAGUUUCUACGGAUAAUAACCCAGAUUUGAAAGCUCUGGCGAUAGAGAAUGCCAUGAAAAUUCAAAAAUUGGAAGCUUACAUCCAAGAACAAGAAGUUGCCAAAAGAAGGGGUAGGCCUCCGGGCAGCGGUCGUGGAGGCAAAACCCUUCAUACUCCAGCAGCUGACUCUAUUAAACAUAGGCUCAGGAAAUCAGCGGAAAUGGGAGAUAAGGUUCAGAACUAUAUUAUAGAAGCCCCAGAAAGGCCGAGUUUGCGCACGAUGGACAAUAUGGCUGCUAAAAGCUGGGCGGCGGAAAUGGAGAGGGAGGAAACUCCUUCUCCACACUUUUGA